ACGUGACGAGGCCCGGAAGCGGCUGCCCGGGCAGCAAAGGAGGAUGGCUAGGGGCUGACACUGAAGCCGGGAAGGGUGGGCUGUGCUGAAGCCAGAGCCGGAGCCUGAGCUGGGGCCGGAACCCGAGCAGUGAGUUCCUCCACUGACGAGCUCCGGCUGGCGGCGCUAGCCGCCUUGGGCAGGACCCACCUCGCCUUCCUCCCGGCGUGGCAGAUGCUCCAGCUGCCAUGUCCACGCAGAGACUUCGGAAUGAAGACUACCACGACUACAGCUCCACGGACGUGAGCCCCGAGGAGAGCCCGUCGGAAGGCCUCAACAACCUCUCCUCCCCGGGCUCCUACCAGCGCUUCGGUCAAAGCAACAGCACAACAUGGUUCCAGACCUUGAUCCACCUGUUAAAAGGCAACAUUGGCACAGGACUCCUGGGGCUCCCUCUGGCAGUGAAAAAUGCAGGCAUCGUGAUGGGUCCCAUCAGCCUUCUGGUCAUAGGCAUCGUGGCCGUGCACUGCAUGGGGAUCCUGGUGAAAUGUGCUCACCACUUCUGCCGCAGGCUGAAUAAAUCCUUUGUGGAUUAUGGUGACACUGUGAUGUAUGGACUAGAAUCCAGCCCCUGCUCUUGGCUCCGGAACCAUGCACACUGGGGAAGACAUGUUGUGGACUUCUUCCUGAUUGUCACUCAGCUGGGAUUCUGCUGUGUCUAUUUCGUGUUUCUGGCUGACAACUUUAAACAGGUGAUAGAAGCGGCCAAUGGGACCACCAAUAACUGCCACAACAACGAGACGGUGAUUCUGACCCCCACCGUGGACUCGCGACUCUACAUGCUGUCCUUCCUGCCCUUCCUGGUGCUGCUGGUUUUCAUCAGGAACCUCCGAGCCCUGUCAGUCUUCUCCCUGUUGGCCAACAUCACCAUGCUGGUCAGCUUGAUCAUGAUCUACCAGUUCAUUGUUCAGAGGAUCCCAGACCCCAGCCACCUCCCCUUGGUGGCUCCCUGGAAGACCUACCCUCUCUUCUUUGGCACAGCGAUUUUUGCAUUCGAAGGCAUUGGAAUGGUAGCAGGAAGCUGUGAUCUCAGGUUAGAUGCCAGGUCGGUACCUGCAAUUUUGGGCUAUUUCAAAAGGCGGAUAACCUCGAAACUGCCCAACUGCUGGUUGUACCAGUCAGUUAAGCUGCUGUACUCCAUCGGGAUCUUUUUCACCUACGCGCUCCAGUUCUACGUCCCGGCUGAGAUCAUCAUCCCCUUCUUUGUGUCCCGAGCACCCGAGCACUGUGAGUUAGUGGUGGACCUGUUUGUGCGCACAGUGCUGGUCUGCCUGACAUGGAAGACGUUUUGUAAUACUGUUGGAGCCCUCUUGACUAAUCGUGUGGCUGAGCUGAGGUUGACCUCUGUCCCCCCUUUGGUACAUGCCACAGCUGAGCUGCUGCCGAGAAGCACAGGCAUGUCCUCUCUUUCUGCAGGCAUCUUGGCCAUCCUCAUCCCCCGCCUGGACCUGGUCAUCUCCCUGGUGGGCUCCGUGAGCAGCAGCGCCCUGGCCCUCAUCAUCCCACCGCUCCUGGAGGUCACCACCUUCUACUCAGAGGGCAUGAGCCCCCUCACCAUCUUCAAGGACGCCCUGAUCAGCGUCCUGGGCUUCGUGGGCUUUGUGGUGGGGACCUAUGAGGCUCUCUAUGAGCUGAUCCAGCCAAGCAAUGCUCCCAUCUUCAUCAAUUCCACCCGUGCCUUCAUAUAGGGAUCUGGGUUCGUCUCUGCAGCUGCCUACCCCUGCCUCGUGUGUCCCCCGUUACCUGUCCCCAGAGCCUCAGGUAUGGUCCAGGCUCUGAGGAAAAUCAGGGUUGCUGUGUGGGAACCCCUCUGCCUGGCUCCUGGAUACCCCGGGCCAGGUAACCUGAGGGCAGGGGAGAAGUGGGGUGGCAGACAUGCAGAAGUGCCACUAGUGACAGGGCCGCCAUCGCUCACUUGUACCUAUUUACACCCAGACCUUUCCAGCUCCCCCUCAUCAUGCCUCCUCCUUCCUCCCUUCCUCCCCCGCUGCUGGUGCGCCUCACCCAAUUCAUUCUUACUGCACAGUUCACUUUAUUUAACAAUUUUAGUGUCCCCCACCUCAUGUUUUCACCUUUUCUGGUCUAGGUGUAGAUUAAAUAACUGGGAACUCCCCCUCUUUAUAAAGCUGGGCCUCUCUCUCAUCUCUCUGCCAAAUGUUGUAUCUCAGUAUUCUUCCUACUCGAGUCUCCAGGGGCUGGCUGGACCUACCUGGUCAUUUGAAACAGGCCUCCCAAACUGGAGUUUUUAAUCUUGACCCUCUGGCUUGCUGUGCCCCUUAAGGCAAUGCGUCUCUUCCGCGGAUUCCUUAGGAUGGGUCACAGUACUGUAUUCUUAGUUGCUUUAGCUCUUAAAACAUAGGAAGUGUUGUCUAAACGGAAAAUAUUUAUCUUUUAUUUAAAAUCAGAUUUUUGUUUUUAGACUGUCUCUAGAUCUGGGGCUAUUACGAAUGACUUCUUCUUCAGUAAACUUUGACUCAACUUCUCCUGCUGAAAAGAAGCUCGCUCCAGGAGAUGUCUGCUGGGGUCCUCGGCACUCUUGGCUGAGGACGCAAAGGUUUUAAUCAGGAUCAUCUAAAAAUGUACCUCGGUGAGGAGGCGCAGAUUUUGCCUCCUGUUGACCAGCCUGGUUUCAUACUGAAAAGACAUUGAAGGACUGCAGAAAUGUGUGGGUGCACUGGGCCGAGGGAAGGGUGGCUGAGCGAGAGGCGUAUAAAAUGGGGCUGUGUGCAUGCAGGCCCAUGUUUCCGCCUCAGCCCAUGCCAGGUGAAAGGAUCAGCAAUGCUCAGUUGCCAUCGUGCUGGGACGACACCCGCUCUAUUGCCACGGAUGAGUAGCUGAGGUCAGUGUGCACAGAGAGUUUGACGUUAAGUUUAUAGACUUUACAGCAGCUGGUCUGACACUACGCGCGGUGCUUGGUUGUUUACAAUCAGUGGGGAAUAGGGCAGAACCAGUGCCCGGCCCCACACUGCCUCUGUGGCCUAGACUUUGAAAGGAACCACUGAACACUAAUUAUGAGCCCUGUCUUUCCCCCAGAAUGCCUCCCUGGGUUUCGCAAACAGCCUUGAGGUUGGCCCUCCUCAAAGUCAGCCUUCAGAUUUGGGAGCAAACUUCAGAGGAGGCAGAGGAAGAUACAUUGCCUUGCUGUGGACUGCCUCUUCUUUCCUCUUGGUGUACAAAGUAUUUCAGAAGGCCAUUGAUGAAUUUCCCCUCUUUAGCUGUGUGUGUGUGUGCACAGUGUGUGUGUGUGUGUUCCUGUGUAAGUAACAGACCAGACCCCUUGUCUCCUCUGUUCCGUCACCAGGCUCUUGCUUCACUGCAGAUACAGUUCACUCUGAAAGUUGGUUGAAGGAGAGCAGCAAAAAUGUAUCAGGGGUUUUGCUUCUGUGUUUCACCCAAAGCUCAUAAGGGCUGUGACCCAGCCACAUGGCCCCAGUUUUUUCUGUCUCUCCUGUUCCAAAGCCAGGGGAGCUGACUUCCAGGUGAAGGGAUGGGAAAAGUGGACUCUCAUUGUAGUGACUCCCCACCUACCUAAUAAUUUGUUAACUUAGGAACAUGCCGUCAUUGUUGACUUGUUCUUCCUUAGGAGAAGGAUGCUUUUCACCACCCUUUCUGUUCUAUGGUGGACUCUUAACAGGUGCUAUGUGACCACGAAUCUAGCUGGGAGUAGCAGAGGCCCUGUCUUCUGAAGUCUCAGGUUUAGAAGUUACCAAAGUGGGCUCGGAAACUGUCAUCUCCUGGUUCCAAGUUCGGGCUCUGGCAGCCCAGCCACUAUCUUAGCUGUCUUCCCCAGCGGUGCUAAGAGUGGUCUCAGUGAGAAGGUAGAGGCCACCUGGAGGGCCAGACCUGUGUCCUGCCCAUGUCCUCCUUGGUGGAUGUUUCUGUUUACUCAGAGCUGCUAGAGGCCAUCCUGCCCAGCCGAGUUCUGAGAUUGGGACUGUGAUGUUGGCACCUGAGGACUGGAUGGGAGAAUAUUGGGGGUCCCCCCAGCUCUUAGCAAGAUGCAGGCUAUUGCUGCUUGGCUGUGAGAACACGGUAUGUAGGAGAGUUGGCUGUAGCUUUAGGAUUUCUGGAAGCCAAUUUGGCAUUGCCUGUUUGAUCUCUGGCUUGUGUUCCUGCUACACUGACAGACUGAUUGCGUGGCUCUUCCAGAAGACCCAGGAAGGGCGCUGCAGCUGGAGGGCCUUCCUGGCUGUGCAGGUGCACAGCUGUUAGGCAUCAAGCAAAGGAUCAGCCAGUCAGUAGUAGUGGGAGGAAGCCCUUCCUCCUCUUAUGCAAGCAGCCCUCAGCCAGCCCAGAAUCUCUUAUGCAGCCCAAAGGGCUUCUUGAAGCAGAGAACCCUCCCUGGUGUCCUCCCACGAUAAGUAGAAAUACGAUCACAGAGCAACAGAGCAAAGGCUUUCAGGAGUGUGAGGCUGCAUCUGCUGGAGCAAAGGGGAGCCGUGGGCUUUCCCAGCCAGAUACUCUUGAGCUUUGUGACCCUGCUCCUGUCACCCCAAUUUCCCCAAGCCAGAGGUGGCUUUCUCAGAGCCCCUUGGUGGUUCUCUCCUCCAAAUGCUGCUGUUGGGAGCAGGCUUCCAGCUCUCAGUGGGCAGUGCACCUCCUGCUAAAUGCAGACACUUGCUGGGAAGUGUGAGCUGGCAUCUUCUGUUCACUCUGCCUAGCAGUUGUCACCAUUCACAAGUGGCAUUAUUUAUGUUGUGCUGCUGUCCAGCUGCUAAGAUCCCUUCAUCUGCACAAGCCGUGGCGAGAUACAUGUGAAUGUGUGUCAUUUCACUUCAGCCGCCCUCUUCCAUCUCUCCUCUGCAGCCGGAUUCAUUGGCUGAUGCUCACUGCUCACUGUCUAUCCCCAGGAAAUUUAUAGUUUUAUCAAUAGUCUUAAAGUAUUGAUCCUAAACAAGUGCAUUCGAAAAAUCAUGUUUCUUCUCUCUCAUCUCUCAUCUUACUUUUCUCUUCUCAGAUUUCUCCCUUCCUAGAACAUUAUCUCUCUUUAGCACGAAUGUUCACCUCAUAUUUUUCGGAAGUGCAAAAAUCUCAAUUUAUGUCUGUUUACAGCUCUCUGUCCUCACUGCUCACAGCAAGGGUUUCUGUAUCAGUGGAUUUUAUUUUGUAGCUGCUGAGAUGUUAAGGCAAGCUUCAGCAUCUGCCCCCACUGGGUCCACAAUGCUGCUUCCUCAAUGCUGCUUCCUCAAAGAGAAGACACAGAGUCCAAGUGGCAGGACGAGGCUGGCUUCCAGUCUGCCUUAGAAGUUAAUUUUCCAAAGUACAUUACAGAUCUCUGAGGCCAUUAGGGGAAAAGGAAGGGGUGUGGUUUGUCUUUGAAAUUACGGUUAAUACUUUUAGACAGUAAAUCCGACUGGUUGCAAGGCUAUUUGCCCCGACAAUAUCAGCCUGUAACAUUUCUUCUCUUUCCUUUGUGCCACUGAGUCAUUCCCUGGCCAGAGGACAUAAAUGGUGCUGAUAGGAGGUUAUCAGAGUAAGGAAGGUAGGAGAUAUAGGUACAGGGUGCCUGUCAUUCACUGUGUUAUUUGGUUUAAAUCAAAGUGAUUCUGGGGAAGCUAUGUUCUUUCAGUGGAUAAUAAAAUUGGUAACUCUAUUGUAAAACAUGUCAAUGGUGUGUGAAGAAAAUCAACCAAUCCGUAGGUGUUGCUAACUAGACAGUACUGUGUAUGUUACGUGCCUGCGUGGAUGUGGAUCAUGCCAGAGUUCAUAGAUGCUGUUUGGGGGUUUGCACAUGGAUCCUAUGUUAAGCUUUUUCUUUUCAAUAAAUGAAUUUUAUUUUUUAUUUUUGA